AUCUAGAACGCUGCCUGGUACAUACCUCUCCUGGCGCCAAACACAGCCAUACCAGCGAGAACGACAACGACAACGACAACGAUAACCGCAACUGCGCCUACUCCCACCGUAUCUACCAAUGCAACGGCGGGUUGGAAGAUCAAGGUCGGCAGAUGCGAAUGCGGGGAAUAAUUUGACACCCAUCAAUGAACGAAUACAAUGUCAAAUAAAUGCGACAUUUGCUCCCCCCCUCAAGAGACGUCUCACCGAGUCCGAGGCUGCGUCCCGAAUCCAAACUCUACGAGGACCGUACCACGUCUGAUUGCGUUCAUUUUGCUGCUUGGAGUCGGCUACCACUGGUCGUUGCACAACCACAACGAGUCACAUUCGCGCCUCGCCUCUGCCCUAUAUGAUGAGUUCCAGCAGUGCUCGAUCCAAAAUCUUCAGAGCACCGGGCUUUACUUCCUCGAGACCGCGGUCCCAAUUGCAGUGAAAGAUUUUGAAGACCGACGCGGUCGGCUCGCCCGCGCGCUUGUCGCAGAUGAUGCUGAUGCAUUCAUCGUCGAGCCCGGUUACACGUUUAAAUACUACGCCAACGUCAGUCAGCCAGAAUGGGAGGUGUGGGAGCCGGAGGAGCGACCUUUCCUCAUGGUAGUACAGCCCUCUCGCCAUUCGUCUGGCCGCAUCACGGCGAAGACGUCGUUUCUGUGCCCUUCUUUCGAGGCAGAGAGAGCUCGCCUGUUGAACAUGCCAUUCCCGGAGCCUAUUGAUAUUAUUCCCUGGGAGGAGCACUGGAAUCCGUAUGAUACGCUGAAAAGCUCGAGUAUCUUUGUCUCCUUUGAUCGCGCCCCUCGGCUCAUGGUCGACGAGGAAAUGAGAGACUUCGUUCAACGCGGACUGGCAAGCUCUGGGUUCGAGGUGAUUGGGCUCACGGGAGAAGUCGAGAGGGUAAGGCAAAUUAAGUCUACAAAGGAAGCCGGCAUCCUCCGUGCCGUCAAUACUGGCACAGUGGAGGCUGUCCGACAGAUGAGAAAGUGCCUUUACCCAGGCCUGACGGAGAGCGAAAUCGCACAAGCGUUAGAUAACAGUCUCCGCUCGGCUGGCCUAGAGCCAUUCUUCGAUAUCGUUCUCUUUGACGAGAAUGCGGCAAACCCCCACGGGGGCACGAACGGGUCGAAGGUUCUCGAGGCGGAGACAUUCGUCCUUAUCGACGUUGGUGCCCAUCUCCUUGGCUAUUCAUCCGACAUCUGUCGUACAUUUUUUCCGCCCUUCCUCGAAAAGCCACCCGCAAAUGCACGUGCACCAUCAAGCCUUGAAGAAAAGUUGGCCGUCUGGGAUGUCGUCUUCGAAGCACAGACGCAAUCUGCCCAUCAAUUUCGCGUGAACCUCUCCGCAGCGAGCGUGGACAUCGCAGCCCGCAAGGUUAUCACGGAUGCCGGAUACGGUGAUGCAUUUACCCAUCGCGUUGGUCAUGGUAUUGGUAUCAAAGCACACGAAAGUCCAUACCUUCACAAGGGAAACGUCAAUACUCAACUUAAGGCGGGAAUGGUAUUUACUUCCGAGCCCGGGAUCUAUCUGGUUGGUACAUUCGGCGUUCGCCAUGAGGAUAUCUUCCAAGUCCAGGAGGACGGAGAGCCUAUAUUAUUAACAGGUAGUCGUCCUUCUGGUCCUUGGAAUCCAUGAACCUGGAGGCCAUCCAAUUAAGAUCCUUAGCGACAAUGAGCGGCGAGCAUGACUUGAGAAAAGCCUGUACCGGUCAGCUAGACGGGGUUCCGUAUACUUCAAUCUCUGCCAAGCCAGCAUUACUAGUAACUAGUAGAUGCGCUAACGGAAGUUACGGUGAAUACAAGACUGUAAAUCUCGGAAAUUAUUUGCGGAUUGUUCCAUGUAAGCGUUAAAAUGCUCCCAGCUUUACCACCCACAGUUGCCCAUUCUCUCACUAUCAGUCCGGGAUAGCCGUCUACCAUUC